GGUUCACUCACAAAUAGGGGCCUUGGGCCUUGGCGUGAAAAAAUAAGUCCAUUUCCCAGCAACCAAGCAGAUAGCCAAGGGAAGCGAGGGGGUCCAAUCAUAGGAAUAGUCGGGGAAACUAAACUGUUCUACAUCGGAACAAGCAUUGGAAGCUUGCAAGAGAGUCUUGAUCUUGAACAGUUAGUCGCAUAGAAUUGCUGGAAAAAAAGCUGAUCAACGAUGGAAAUGGACAUCGACGGCACCUGUAAACCAAAAGAAAAAGAAGGUGAACAAGAGAAGGGAAGGGGGAAGCCGAUCCUGGUAUUAUUGGUGGGCGCACCAGGAAGCGGCAAGUCCACUUUUUGCGAGAACGUCAUGCGGGCCUCUUUAUGUCCCUGGGUUCGCAUCUGCCAGGAUACUAUUAAUAAUGGCAAAGCUGGGACAAAGGCACAGUGCUUACAGAGUGCAGCCACUUCACUGAAGGAGGGCAAGAAUGUGUUUAUUGAUAGAUGCAACUUGGAUAAAGAGCAGCGGGUGGAUUUUGUGAAAUUUGGUGGUCCCCAAGUGGAGGUGCAUGCUGUGGUGCUUGACCUCCCUGCGAAGCUUUGUAUAUCUCGUAUAGUUAAACGUACCGGACAUGAGGGAAAUCUGCAAGGUGGAAAAGCUGCAGCAGUUGUGAAUAGAAUGCUGCAAAACAAAGAAUUGCCAAAGUUGUCUGAAGGUUUCUCUCGAAUCACAUUUUGCCUGAACGAGACUGAUGUUCAAGCUGCUCGUAGCAUGUACACUGCACUCAGCCCUUUGGACACCCUUCCACAUGGUUGUUUUGGUCAGAAGAACCCAAAUGCCAAAACUCAACUUGGCAUAUUGAAGUUCUUAAAGCGACCCCAUGAAACUAAUAGUCAGGAUUCUGUGCCUUCUCGACUUACCAAGGAAAAGUGUCCGUGCAGUGAAACAAAAGAAACUGUUUCAUCAUUGUCUGGUGCAGCUAGUCAGAAGAUAAAGGUCAGUGAAGACCCAAUGGCAGAUUCUAGUAGCCAGCAUGAUUAUGAUGUUCCUACUCUGGCAUUUCCGUCUAUUUCUACAGCAGAUUUCCAAUUCAACCUUGGGAAGGCGUCUGACAUUAUUGUUGAGAAAGUAGAGGAAUUCAUGGAUAAGCUUGGUAAUGCCAGGCUUGUUUUAGUAGACUUGACUCAUGGAUCAAAAGUUUUGUCCUUGGUUAGGGCUAAAGCUGCACAAAAGAACAUCGACUCCAAAAGGUUCUUCACAUUUGUAGGAGAUAUAACUAGACUUUAUUCAGAUGGAGGUCUGCAUUGCAAUGUAAUAGCUAAUGCUGCCAACUGGCGCCUGAAACCUGGAGGUGGAGGUGUGAAUGCUGCAGUCUUCAAUGCUGGUGGUCCGGCUCUAGAGGCUGCAACCAAGAAUCAGGCUAUAUCUCUUCUCCCAGGGAAUGCUGUAGUUGUUCCUCUCCCUUCAACUUCUCCUUUGUAUAGUAGGGAAGGUGUGACCCAUGUAAUACAUGUUCUUGGACCAAAUAUGAACCCAGAGAGACCAAAUUGCCUCAACAAUGACUAUAUCAAAGGCUGCAAAAUUCUUCAAAAUGCCUACUCGUCACUCUUUGAAGGGUUUUUAUCUAUAGCUAAGACCCAAGUGAAGUUUCCCACGAGAAGCAGUAGAAAUGUUCUGCCUGGGCCUUCUGUACCAGAAGAUAAGAUUAGUGGAACUAUGACUAAAUCCUGGGCUCCAUGGGUUCAAUCUCUAUAUAACAUUGCAAUGCACCCUGAGAAGUAUAAGGAUGAAGUGCUGGAGGCAUUAGAUGAUGUUGUUGUAUUAAAUGAUAUGUAUCCAAAGGCAAAACGGCAUCUUUUGGUGUUGGCAAGAUUUGAAGGUCUUGAUUGCUUGGCAGAUGCACAUAAAGAGCACCUUCAGUUGUUAGUGACAAUGCAAGAAGUGGGUUUGAAGUGGGCCAAUAAGUUCUUGCAUGAAGAUGCAUCAUUUGUCUUCCGCCUUGGAUAUCACUCGGUCCCUUCAAUGAGACAACUGCACCUGCAUGUUAUUAGCCAAGAUUUUGAGUCCAAAUGUCUCAAGAAUAAGAAGCAUUGGAACUCCUUCAAUACUGCUUUUUUCCGUGAUUCUGUAGAUGUAAUUGAGGAGGUUAGUAAUCAUGGAAAAGCAACAUUACAAGAUAACAACAGACUGUUGUCAAUGGAGUUGCGUUGCCAUCGGUGCAGAAGUGCACACCCUAACAUUCCCAGGCUAAAAUCACAUAUCAGCAACUGCCAAGCUCCUUUCCCUGCUGCUCUGCAGAAAAAUGGUCGUCUAAUUCUUACACAAAGUAACUCGGGCUGUGACCCUUAGGUGUCUAUAGCCAUGCUUCCCAGAGAUUUUGCUGUAUAUACUAUGAAAAAUACUGGAUAAAGUAUCCAAUUGUGCUGAUGUUUGCCCGAGAAACAAAUCUGUGACUAAUGCCUCUUUUUGUCAAGUAAUGAAAGAACAAGUGGGGACGAUGAAGUUCCAAAAAGGUUCUCUCUUGUUCAUUCAUGUUGACUGUUGCUAAAUCUCAUUUGAUUUUGUUAAGCAUGAUUGGACGCAUGUUACGUUAAUGGUGAUAAACCCAUACGGUGUUAAGCCCUCAACAAAGCCGCAAAUGACGUUAAUGUCUAUGUUUUGGGUUAUUAAAGUGGGCUAACAGUGAUUCUUCUGGUGUUAUAGUAAACACUUUAAAACUGGACUAGAAAAUUUUCUCUUCUCACGUAGAACCCCAGAUACUUGGAUAUAAUCCACAAAAGUCAUGUUUGCAUGUUUUCCAUGGAAUAUUCACGCGACAAAUGCUGCAUAAGUCUAGGAAAACCAGUUUUACUUCGUUGGAAAAUUUUACCAGUUCUUUUGCUUAUCGAUCAACAUCUGACAUGAAUGAAAUAUCUUCAUGCAGCCAAUGUUUUUUUGUCUGAAUAAGAGGCCAGAAUUGAUUGUACUGGAACAUAUUAUAUUCAUAGGACCCAGUGCUUUUUAAGCUUUCGAUAUGAUCCAUAAAAUCAGUUUUUCUACAGUCCAAUGUUAAAAAGCUUA